AUGGCGGACAGUUAUGAAAACCAAGCUCCUGAGAAGCAUCAGGGAAAGUAUAAAGCAAUAGUUGUUUCUUGUAUUCUUGGAAUCGGAUCUCUCGUUUCUUGGAACAGUCUGCUCAAAUACCAAGUUUUCUCGGAUUACCAUCCUUUAAGAGUGCUCACAUUUGUAUACCAACCAUUCGCACUAGGAACAAUCACGAUUCUUGCAUACCACGAAUCGAAACUCAACACACGUACACGUAACUUGGUCGGUUACAUUGUAUUCACAAUCUCUACAUUCUUGAUCAUCGUCUUGGAUUUAUCAACAAAAGGACAUGGUGGGAUCGGACCUUAUAUCGUUUUAUGCACAAUUGUUGCUUCUUUUGGAUUGGCGGAUGCUGCGGUACGAGGAGGAAUGAUUGGAGACCUAUCGUUGAUGAGCCCUGAACUCAUCCAGUCAUUCAUGGCUGGUUUGUCAGUGGCUGGCGCUCUAACCUCAGCACUUAGGCUAAUAUCCAAAGCAGCCUUUGAGAAAUCGCAUGACGGUCUGCGAAUAGGAGCAAUGAUCUUUUUAGCUAUCUCCACAUUCAUAGAGUUCCUUUGUGUGAUGUUAUACGCAUACGUUUUCCCGACACUUCCCAUUGUUAAGUAUUAUCGAUGAAAAGCUGCCUCUGAAGGAUCCAAAACUGUUUGUGCUGAUCUUGUUGCUGCUGGUAUCCAAAACCAAUCAGUUUUGGGUAAUGAUGAUUCCAAUAAUCGACGGCUAAGCAAGAAAGAGCUAUUGCUUCAAAAUAUUGACUAUGACAUGAAUCUAUUCCUCAUCUUUGUUUUGACAAUUUCCAUUUUCCCUGGUUUCUUAUACGAGAACACGGGACAACAUGGACUAGGCACGUGGUACGCACUUAUCCUUAUAGCGGUGUGCAAUUGGUGGGACUUGGUCGGGAGGUAUGCGCCCCUGGUGAAUUGGCUAAAGGUUGAGAACAGGAAAGGACUCACAAUUGCGGUUCUGUCCCAUUAUUUGCUCAUUCCGGCGUUCUAUUUCACUGCAAAAUAUGGCGAUCAAGGAUGGAUGAUUAUGCUCGUUUCUGUUUUGGGAUUAACUAAUGGAUAUCUCUCUGUUUGUAUUCUGACAAUAGCUCCUAAAGGCUACAAGGGUCCAGAGCAGAAUGCCUUAGGGAAAUUGCUGGCGAUGUUUCUCUCAGGAGGGAUAUUUGCAGGAAUCGCUUUGGAUUGGUUAUGGCUUAUUGGUAAAAAGAAUGCCUUUUGA